UACCCCCUUCCUCUCUCUCCUCUCUCUCUCUCUCACCAACCCCAAUUCUCCCCCGCUAUAUAUCUCCCACCAUUUCCAUCCCCAUCCCCAUCGUCUCACAACGGCAGCACAAGAAACCAAAAACAAAACCAACCAAACAGUCUUAAGCUCCAAGGUUUGCUGCAAUGGCGGGGUGGGUGGUAUGGGGCGUGUGGAUCACAAUGGCUAUGGUGGCCCUGAAAUGGGCUUUGCGUCGUGUCAAUUACUGGCUUUACGAAGCGAAAUUGGGUCCUAAAAGAUUCAACCUUCCCCCAGGUGAUAUGAGCUGGCCUGUCAUUGGCAACAUGUGGCACUUCCUUCGAGCCUUCAAGUCCAACAAUCCUGACUCUUUCAUCUCCUCCUUCAUUCGCAGAUUUGGGAACACGGGGAUGUACAAAGUGUUCAUGUUCGGGAACCCCAGCAUUAUUGUAACAUCGGCGGAAGGUUGCCGGAAAGUUCUCUCCGACGACGAGGGAUUCAGGCCCGGCUGGCCGGCGUCCACCGUGGAGCUCAUGGGAAGGAAGUCGUUCGUCGGAAUUUACGACGAGGAGCACAAGUGGCUGCGGAAAUUGACGGCGGCGCCGGUGAACGGACACGAAGCUUUGUCUGUUUACAUUACUUACAUCGAGGAGAAUGUCAUUAGGGCUUUGAACGAAUGGUCCAACAUGCGACAAAUCGAAUUUCUUACCGAGCUCCGGGGGCUGACGUUUCGCAUAAUUAUGCACAUUUUCCUUAGCUCUGAGAGCGAGCUCGUGACGAAGGCGUUGGAGAAGGAAUACACGGUGUUAAAUUACGGCGUUAGGGCUAUGAAGAUCAAUUUUCCUGGAUUUGUUUACUACAAUUCACUUAAGGCAAGGAAGAAUCUUGUUGGUGUUGUUCAAUCCAUCGUGACGAAGAGAAGGAUGCUGAGGAGGGAUAGCUCUGCAGCAAAGAAGAAGGAUAUGAUGGAUGCUUUAAUGGAUGUCGAGGACGAUAAGGGUCGAAAAUUGACCGACGAAGAAAUUAUCGAUAUUCUUAUCAUGUAUUUAAAUGCUGGACAUGAAUCUUCCGGACAUAUUACAAUGUGGGCUGCUGUGCUUCUGCAAAAGCAUCCUGAAAUCUUUAAGAAGGCGAAGGCUGAGCAAGAGGAGAUCUUGAAGAAGAGGCCAGCUGGGCAGAAAGGUUUGACACUUCGAGAAAUCCGACAAAUGGAGUAUCUUUCCAAGGUUGUUGAUGAAACUCUUCGUCUUGUCACUUUUUCACUCGUUGUCUUCCGUGAGGCUAAGAAAGAUGUCAAUGUUAGCGGUUACCUUAUACCCAAGGGAUGGAAAGUGUUGGUUUGGUUUAGGGACGUUCAUUAUGACCCCGAGACAUACCCUGACCCCAUGAAGUUCGAUCCUUCCCGUUGGGAUGAUUUUACCCCGAAAGCUGGGCAAUUCCUCCCGUUCGGCGCCGGAAGCAGACUCUGCCCCGGAAACGACCUGGCCAAGCUCGAGAUUUCCAUCUUUCUACACCAUUUUCUCUUGAACUAUGAGCUGGAGAGGUUUAAUCCGGAUAGCCCGCUGAUGUAUUUGCCGCACACAAGGCCGAAGGACAAUUGCCUUGGGAGGAUCCGAAGAGUCUCCUCUGUGGCUUAGAUUUUGCUUUGCUUUUGCUGUUGCUGUUGGAACUGCUUCUGCAAUAAGUGAUUUGGAAUGAAGUUUGGUGUCUGUUUGUUUUUGUUUCAGUUUCAGUUUCUGUUUGGGUCUGUCGUUCUGUGGGAUGAUGGUUUGGUGUCUAGCUGGUGAUGUGUUGUGUAUCUAUCUAGCUACUGUUUAUUACCGUCUCAAUAAAAGUAUGGUUAGCUUUCUUUGAUUUC